AUGGCUUCCCUCAAGCAAUUCAUCCGAAAUGUUCGAUCAGCCAAGACAAUCGCCGAUGAGCGAGCUGUUAUUCAGAAAGAAAGUGCCGCCAUUCGUGCUUCGUUUAGGGAAGAGAGCCAUGAUUCGGGCGUCCGGAGAAACAAUGUGGCCAAGUUGCUCUAUCUAUUUACACUCGGAGAGCGAACGCACUUUGGUCAGAUCGAAUGUCUCAAGUUAUUAGCGUCUCAUCGGUUUGCCGACAAGCGGUUGGGCUAUCUGGGCACAAUGCUUUUGCUGGACGAGAACCAAGAAGUAUUGACUUUGGUGACGAAUUCAUUGCAGAAUGAUCUCAAACACUCCAACCAGUAUAUCGUCGGUCUCGCCCUCUGCGCUCUAGGCAACAUUGCGUCCGUCGAGAUGUCUCGAGACUUGUUCACCGACGUCGAAGCUCUCCUUUCUACUGCCAACCCUUAUAUACGGAGAAAAGCAGCUCUCUGCGCCAUGCGCAUCUCCCGCAAGGUCCCCGAUCUCCAGGAGCACUUUUUGGAGAAAGCAAAGAACUUGCUGUCAGAUAGGAAUCACGGAGUUCUCCUGUGCGGCCUUACAUUGGCAGUCGAUAUGUGCGAAGCGGAAGAGGCAGAGGAAGGACAGGAGGGUGUGAUUGAGAUGUUCCGGCCUCUUGCUGGUGGUCUGGUGCGCGCUCUUAAGGGCUUGACCACAUCUGGAUACGCGCCUGAACAUGACGUCUCCGGGAUAACGGACCCUUUCUUGCAAGUAAAGAUCCUACGUUUGCUCAGAGUCCUAGCGCGCGGCGACACUGCCACCAGUGAGCUGAUCAAUGACAUUCUCGCCCAAGUGGCCACCAACACCGAUUCCUCGAAGAAUGUUGGCAACUCAAUCCUUUACGAGGCGGUCCUUACUAUCCUCGACAUCGAAGCCGACUCCGGUCUCAGGGUUCUAGGUGUCAACAUCCUCGGAAAAUUCCUCACAAACAAGGACAACAACAUUCGCUAUGUCGCCCUCAAUACGUUGAACAAGGUUGUUGCCAUUGAGCCGAAUGCAGUUCAGAGACACCGCAACACGAUUUUGGAGUGUCUCCGUGACCCCGAUAUCAGUAUUCGGAGACGAGCUCUUGACCUCAGCUUCAUGCUGAUCAACGAAAGUAACGUCCGAGUGCUCGUACGAGAGCUGUUGGCCUUCUUGGAAGUUGCCGAUAACGAAUUCAAGCCGACGAUGACGACCCAGAUUGGUAUUGCUGCUGAUAGGUACGCGCCCAACAAGCGCUGGCACGUUGACACGAUCCUGCGGGUCCUUAAGCUGGCCGGUGCCUACGUGAAAGAGCAAAUCCUGUCCUCCUUUGUGCGCCUCAUUGCAACGACUCCCGAACUACAGACUUACUCCGUACAAAAACUCUACACGUCAUUGAAGGAAGAUAUCUCCCAAGAAGGUCUGACUCUGGCCGCUACCUGGCUCAUCGGUGAAUAUGGCGACAACCUUCUCCAAGGGGGACAGUACGAGGAGGAAGAACUCGUCAAAGAGGUCAAGGAAAGCGAUAUUGUUGGUCUUUUUGACAGUAUCCUCAACAGCACAUAUGCCACACAAACUGUCGUUGAGUACAUCAUCACUGCUUCAAUGAAGCUUACUGUGCGAAUGAACGACGCGGCACAGGUUGAGCGACUCCGCCGCCUUCUCAACGGCCGGACCGCCGAUCUGAGCGUCGAAAUUCAACAGCGUGCUGUCGAAUACGGCAACCUGUUUGGCUAUGACCAGAUCCGUCGGGGUGUGUUGGAGCGGAUGCCUCCGCCUGAGAUCCGCGAGGAACAGCGAGUCUUGGGCCCCUCGACGAAGAAGCGAACAAGCAAGAUCCUCAAGGACAAGUCGAGGAAGCCCGUCAAGCAGGCCGAGCAGGAUAUGCUCCUCGACCUCAUGGGCGGCUCCGAUGUUCCAGCAACCAGUCCUACGACGAACGGAUCACAAAACACCGCGGACUUACUGGCGGACAUUCUCGGAGAUUCAGGCCUAUCAUCACCUGCUCCUCAACCUUCUCAGCAACCUACUUCCAUGAACACGAGCGCCAUUAUGGAUCUUUUUGGCUCAAACGGAGGCACUCCAUCUCCUCAACCCGCCACUGCAUCCGCAUCUCUUGACCUCUUAGCAGGCGCUGGCGCUCCAGUCUCGACCCCAUCACCUUCCGCACCCGCUGCUUACACAGCAUUCAACAAGAACGACCUAGUGCUUUCUCUGCAGGUUCAGCGAGGCAACAACACGGCGCAGAUUCAAGCUCGGUUCCGAAACGACUCGAGUUUCAGCCAUUUCUCGAACGUUGGGUUGCAAGCCGCUGUACCCAAGAGCCAGCGUCUCCAGCUAAGCGCAAUUAACAAAGGCGAACUUGAUGCCGGAGAAGAAGGUGUUCAAAUGCUCAAAGUGACAGCUCUCACCGGGUCCCUUCCACCCAAACUCCGCCUCCGCCUCCGCGUCACAUACGCAAAGGACGGGUCGGACACAACAACGGACCAAGUGGAUUGGUCCGAGUCGUAG